AUGUCCUUACAGGAUGAAAUCCAUCUCCGGAUGAAAAGAAGCGAAUUGGAACAAUAUUUUGGAGUAAGCUCGCACGAGGAAGGUAAAGUCUAAAGAUACUGAACACUUUUUCCUCCAAUGCAAAGUUUAUAUAGUGAAUAUUCUAAGGAGGCUAAGAAGAAUGAUUGUUUAUGUAAAAUACCUCAGGUGACUAUAAGAAAACUGGAAACAUAUCCAUUUUGAAAUUUUGUUUAAGUAUCAUAUCUAUCUCGCGCAGGGUAUCCAUAGCAGGUGUAAAGUUUAAUUCUCGGCCAAGUAGAGCGCGCACAUCUCUAUAACCACCUUAAUGUACAAAAAAUGGUCUACAUAUGGCGCGAAAUUAUCUGCAUACAUUAGCUGUUCCUUGAGGCUAACUAUUUUCCGAGAGCGAGGCUCGAAGAAAAUUGUUAGCUUCGACGUACAUAUUUUGUCCAAGAAGGAUAUCCGAACAAAUUUUCAAGUCAACAAUCUGCUAAAAUUUUUCCUAAGAAAACUGUAAUUGGUGAGUGUUACUGGUGUCUCGACUGCACUGCCGGAUUAUGCCUUCCGCUUGAAUUGUCGAAAAGUCAAUAGUGGUCCUUUAACUUCAGCUCUGCUCUCACUUGGACGAUGACUCCACACAAUCGGCUGUUCCUCCCACGUUGAAACCAUUAACUUAAGCUAACAUUUUGAAACCCCACUUUAUAAUACAGUACCACUGUACGAUGUCACUUCUCCGUUCCAAGUUGAUGAGGAAAACAGAUUUCUCUCAGAAAGUCUCCAUACUCACGCCAGGCAGAAGAGAAACGCCGAGGAUCCUCGUGUAUGGUAUUUCAAUGUCAAAGCCUUCGGAAUAUCAAUGCAUCUCAACCUCACAAAGAACCAAGAUCUCAUGUCACCAUGGCUAACUGUUGAGCGACACGAAAAUGGAACAGUGACAGCUGAGGAACCACCCAAGAAUUCCUUCUUAGAUGGUCACGUGAUUGGAGAACUUGGCUCUUCGGUUGCAGUUAGUAAUAGAGGAGGACUGGUGAGUACUAAAAAGCAACCUCAACACUCCAAACUGCAUUGACAGGAAUGCUUUGGAGUUAUGUAGCUUUUUAAGAACAUUUAAGUUAGUUCAAAGGUGGCUUUGUGAGUAAAAUAAGUACAGUUAUUGUCAAUAAGUUUUGUUUUUUCAGUUUUCUUUGUGUUUUUGAUGAUGUCGUUUCUAAGGAUAACCUCCCGGCUACAUCUCACAAUUCAAUUGACAUACACAUUUUCCUUCUGUUUCUUCAGACAGGUCUAAUACAACUUUUGGACCAGUCUCUUUUCCUUCAACCACUUCCAAGUCAUCUUUUAUCAGACAGUAAAUCCAGAAGUCACUUAGUCAUCAAGCGCUCGAUUGACGAUGAGGCUAUGGAAAACGAGUUUCAAGGUGAUGAAAAAAAUAACGAACUGUGCACUCUGUGCACUCCUUCUUGAGCGCUGAGAAAGAGAGUGCUAAGCGGGGAGAAGGACUUAAAUGCAUAAAAUUUGUGAGUCAUUAUAGCUUAUCUAAAGAGAUAAACAACAAACGUAGUUGGGUCAGCGAAAAAUUUUGUCUUUUAUGAUGAAUGUUAUUCAAGGGGUAACCAGUUGGUUGAACAGCAGAAAUCUAAUUUAUCUGUUAAUGCACUUGAUUUUAAGGCAAAACUCAUUCGUGAUUAUAAAUUACAGAAAAAUUAUCAGGAAGUGGUACUGAGUGGAAAGAGCCCAGUUUUGACGAGGAUUCUCUGAAAUUUGCGAAAGUCAAACCUAGUGACGGCGGACAAUUCUUUCUCGAGAUGACAAUGGUAGCUGAUAAAAGUAUGAUUGCAUUUCAUGGCGACGACACCGCAGAUUAUCUGCUUAAGCUGGCACAUAUGGUAAACUCGAACUUGGUUCUGUGUUUAUUUGUGAUCAGCUACUUUACUUCUGCGAGAAAGAGGGCCAUCUCCGAGUCAUUUUGUAAAUUUCAAUGAUUGGUUUUUAACUUUGUAUUCUAGGUAAAUGCCUUUUAUCAUCAUGAAAGUAUUGGUCAGAAAAAAAUUACCAUCACCAUCGUGCAGAUUAAACUUGUACAGGAUGGGGUAGGUCAUUUGAGUAUUACUAUAUAUUUACUGUGUGACUUUGCCUGAAAUACAAUACCAAACUAUAUCUGUCAUUAAACAUAACUCUGUUUGUUUGUUUGUUUGUUUGUUUAGCUUAAGUAUUCAGGGGGCAGCAAUGAUGCUAAGAUGGCGGCUCUCAAGAAAUGGGCGGCAGACGCUAAAAUUCCAAAACUGGAUUCUCAAAGAGACCAUCCUGACGUCAUAUCUCUGAUAAGUCGGUAAUACUUGCAGUGCUUAAAUUGAAAUAUAAAUGAUAUUAUGAUGUGUAGGUUUCAUUGACAUUGACAAUGACAAAGACAAUGACAUUUACAUCGACGCCGACACCGACAUUGAAAUUGACAUUGACAUUUACAAUGACAGUGACAGUGACAGUGACAGUGACAGUGACAGUGACAGUGACAAAGACAAAGACAAAGACAAAAACAAAGACAAAGACAAAGACAAAGACAUCGACAUUGGCAUUGAUUUUGAGAUUGACUUUGAGAUUGUAAUUGAUUUCAAGAUUGAAAAAUGACUUUAACUUAGCGACAUAAGACGAUGUAUAACACUAGGAACACAAGGGUAUAACCUCACGGUAUAAAGUGGCUCUGUCAUCAUCUUGAAGAUGUGUGUAUGUGUACAUGAAGACGUAACAGUAGCAUUACAAUACAGAAAUACCGCGGGACCGAGUAGAAAAAAUUUAAUCCUUUUUGGACUACGUUAUGUUACGAAGUUACGUAAUUAUGUUGUCACAUCACGAACACUGCUGAAUCAUGCAUUAAAUCAUGAGAAUGAAACAAAUUAUCGCCAACCUAAGAGGCAUUGGUUGUAAACGUAUUCUCCUUGUUAUUAUCGAAGGAAAUGUAUAAAGAAACGUAUGGAGAAUAUCGAUACUGAUCCCAGAGUGUAAAGCGUUAAAGGAGAGAGCACAACCAUUAGCGUUGACAAUUUUAGCCAAUUCAAGAUUUAGAAAUAACCUUUUUUAAUAAAUCGAAUGUCUUUCAAUAAUGAUUUUUUCAUUUUUUUUCUUCUCAGGGGAAGUUCAGGAGGUAUGUUUUUUUUAAUUCAUUUCUCCCUAUCCACCGUCUAAAUCGAUUUUCAUCUGAGUAUUUGUUUAGUUUUAAUUUCCCUAUUAUUUAAUGACGUGAUAAAUUGAUGAGUCCAUGUAAAACUCUCUUAAAAUGAUAAACUAGUGACCAACACCGUACGAACUGAAAUAGAUUUAAAAAAAUUCUGUUUAAUCUCCCUCGCGUUUCCUCGGACAAUAGAGCUAAAUCUGUGACCCCUAAACUCAUCACUUAUUCACAUAUGUAACGUCCGAAAAAUUUCAAGCGUGUAUAACGUAUCACCUUAGUCACACUAUGCGUAAGAGUCGAAAAUAGACAUGUUAUCCACAAUUUGUGAAGUAAACAAGCUUAUUUAUCCUACUUAUAAAAAAUCCCUGAGGAAGUCUGCUACUUUCAGAAGAAGACGUAUCUAUAAUUUCAAAAAAAUAUGUUGAAAAAAAGUGUCUUUAAUUACGUGUUACGGCAUAAUUUAACGUGACGUAAUCCUACGUGACCAAAUAGAAUGUUCCAGGAAGUUCCAUGGUACGCAUGUCAGCAUGAUUACACAUUUUAGAAAUUCCUAGAAACUUUUUUUUUUACAGUUAGUAUCCAUAUCAUAGGCAAUAAAUUGAUAAGUCUAUUUUGAUUUUGUUUAAUUUAUUGCAGGCUUGGCGAGUUUUAAUUCAAUAUGCAAAGGCAGCUUCAGUUAUACCGUUAAUAACGGUGCAAUGGGCUUUAACACGCGCCUCAUUCUAGCACACGAAAUUGGGCACACGUAAGUUCAAUUUUUUACCGUACAAGAAGCUUCCAUCGGCUGCAAAAACCAUAUUAAGGUUUUUAACAUAUGAAAGUCCUUCAGUUGUAUUUCACCGCACUUCUCUGUUACGUAAAUACAGAUUAAGCGUUCAUCUUUUCAGAGAAAAGAAAACGGAUAAUUGGCAGAAAAACCUUUGAAAUGACGACAUAAACAACAUGAAAGUCAUAUCUGGAAGCAUACAUCCUGGAGAUAGUAGCGAGGGUCUUUGAUAAAAAAAAAAUGCAGUCCAUUCAGUUUUAUUUCCUAAUGUCUUUUUGUCUGAUUUUCAAAGCUAAUUGAACAAGUCAUUCUUGAUUCUUAAUGAAACGAAAUCGUUUUUCGAAAUAAUAAAUCCUUUAUUGAGCGAGCUUGUUCAGGUUAAGGUUGCUUGGUAUUAACCUCGUUAUCUUUUUUUUAUGCGAUAAAAACGCAUCUUGACCUCACGCUUGGUCAAUAAUGCACAUACAAUACCCUAACCCGUCCAAUACUCUUGCGUUUAAGGCUUGGUUUAAAUCAUGACUCCGCCGAUGGCUGCCCCGACGCAACAUAUAUUAUGUCUACCGCGGUACCUGGAGGGAAGUAUGCGGGCACAUGGUCCCCUUGCAGUAGGAAAUAUGUUCAAGAGUUACUAGGGUAGUUCAUACAAUUUUUAUUCCUCAAAUGCAGAUUAAAGAUGAUUUUCCUACUCACCUAAUAAGACCUUACGACUCCCUGAGAAAUUGAGUAAAUCUGUUAGGAAAAACCAGGUACAAGGACUUGUAUUUCUCCUCGCAUCAGUUGUUUAAAUGUAUUUCCACGAGACAGAUGAACGAUAUAGUUCUUUGUUCGGAUCACUCACGAAGGACGAGAUCUGCCCGUGAAAUAACAUACACGAAAAAUGCCUUGAAAUACAGUUUAAAAGAUGGCGAUCACGAGGUUGAUAUUCGAUCUUUGAACCAUUUUGUCUUCAAUAAGAACUGCCCCGAAGUGCCUAAUGGAUGGAAGAUCCCGUAACAUAAAUUACCUGAAGUACUUCCGUGGGAAGCUCCCAGGAAGAGUGAUAUCUGGAGAUGAGCAGUGUAAAGAGCAAUAUGGCGAAGGUGUUUUUCAGUGUAAACAAGUACUGGUAAGAAACAAAUGGAAUUUUGGGUGGUACAUCGUUAAGGCUCAAAGUGACUGUGAUUAAAAAGAUCAUAACCUUGUUAUGAAUUACAAGCAUGUUAGUUCAGUAAGGGAAAUGGUGGAGUAUAACCCUUUACACCCUAACAUUAGUAUGCUUAUUCUCCAUAAUACUCUUUACUUCUUUCCUAAGGUGCUGACAAGAAGAAUUUGUUCAACAAUCAAGAGCUCCUUUAGUUUUUUAUCAUUUUCCUUAUUCUCGUGACUCUUAUCUGCGAUUCAGAGGAGCCAUUGUAAUGGGAAAUUCCAUGCUAGUCACUCUUAGGAGUCAAAGGGAUAAGAGAAUAGCGGGAGGAGGUGGUACGAGAGAAGGGUGAGGCAAAUGUACGAUGAAAAAAAUUCCUAGGAUGAGAAAAGGAAGAGAAGUGCAAGAACGCAAAGGAUUUUUAAUCAUUUCCAGAACGGAAGCCAAAAGUGAGCGUGGAAGGGGGGAGGGUAAGGGUAAGGCGAGCAGUAAUUAUCAAACCUCCCACCCACUCACCCCCCCCCCCUUCCAAAACCACCACGUUUGAAUGGGGCCGUAGUGUUUGAUGUCCUUUGAUAAAUUUUGGUUAAUUUGCUGGUUUAUUUCUUUUUCAGUCUAACUGUGGCUCCCUGUAUUGCACACGCAACGGCUUCUCCUGCUUCAGUAAAGUCGCUCCACCAUUGGAUGGGACACCAUGUGCAUCUAGACAUGUAAGACAAAUUCUGACUGGUUCCUAGCUUAUUCAAUUCUUAGUGAUUGAACGGUCGAUCCUGUGUCGUAAAUUUAGUAUUUACCGAAUAAACCCCUACAGGCGGCUGGAAUGUCGGCUGACAAUUUCCUACUGCUGGUUAUUUUCCGUUGACUUUGUUUCUUUUCGACGGACAUAAAUCGGAGGACAAAGAUCGACGCAGAUUAUUAUUGCGUGAUAAUUGACCAGUGAUUUUGCACCACGUCACGUAAAGUAGCGAAUAGAAUGGUGUGAAAAUUAAUGGGUGGGUUAUAAACAUGAAUGGCCUAUGGGCAUUAAACUCGUGCCCCACCAAAACAUUUAGCAACUUGCAAAGAAAGGAAAGAUUGUAGAAAUAGAGCUGAUUCUCUCAGCUUCGUUUUCUCCCUGUACUUAUGAACAUCAAUUAAAAGUUAACCCUCUAAAAGGCAUGUUGCCAGAACAGGUUUCAGCAAUAGCUUUCUACCUACGAUCACACUUUGUAAUCAUGAGCUGGAACUAACUAAAAAAGAAGAAAAACAAAGAUCUUUCGCUGCAAAAUGUGUCAAAUACCUGUGACUAUGAUGGGUUUACGAGAUCAAGUGGUCCUAACUAAUCAAAACUGACAGACGCCCCUCAAACUUUUACACCUUGUCACCAAUUUGCAUAACUCCAUACUGUUCUCUUUAUAUUUCCUAUAGUUGUACUGACAUGGAUAACUUGUUUAACAUUCAAUAGUCUCCUUUAGCAAGCGAUCAUCUCGUCUAUUCUUGUGAGCUCAAUGUUUUUUAUUCAGCACUAAUACUGUAAGGAGAAAUUAGCUACUAGUCACUCUUAGCGGUCAAAUGGUUCAGUCCCACGAACCAUAAUCACAUCAAACUGACCGAUCAUUUAUCACAGGUCAGACUCUUACCAUUCAACUAACAAACAACUCUUCAGUUGACUUUAAUAAAGACUUCCGCUUAAUUUUCAAAGUGUCAGUCACUGUCACCGACGAGGGUGAUUGGCAAAUGAUCAGCGUGCGCGAUUGCCGAUUAUUUUUGGAUAAAAACCAAUUAAAGUGAACUAUCUAUUCAGGUAAGUUUGAUCAACAAACUUUUAAUUUUCGUUCCUAGUGGUGUAUAGCUGGUGAAUGUGUUUUCGAUGGUUCAGAAGUUGUAGAUGGUGGUUGGAGUGAAUGGAGUACCUAUGAUCCGUCUACUUGUUCCCGCACAUGUGGAGGAGGAGUCUACUUCAAAACACGAACCUGUACAAAUCCACGGUAAGUCUCAAGUUUCUUGAUUUCUCGUUCGAGUCAAGAAGAGACCAUAUUACAUACUAAUCAGACCUCUUUAGGCGGAAAGUCUUGAAAGCAGCGAAAAAUUGUUCCUUUGCUAGCGAACAUCAAGUUUGACGAAACUCCGCGUGUGUUAAAAAUUGAAAAAUAUAUAAUUAAAAAACUCACCCCCUCCACCGAGGUAAAAGGUAGAUUGAAAAGGAAAAUAGGACACGUCAAGUAAGCUCAGUAGUAUACGUAGUUGUGGCAUUUCAAUCUAGAGUGGAGUAUAUGGUUUUCAGCUGCUAGCUGUUUUCUAAUAUAAUUCCAAAAAUUCGGUCGUGUUUUCAGCUCUUCUUAUCAUUAGUCGGCUGUUAUCUAGCAAAAAGCUUAAAACUGUUUUGUAUGAUGUCUUUUUCCACGAGAAGUACUUGAAAAAUAACCAAUUCUUGAUAUUCUUGUGCCAUUUGCGUCACAUGUAACACCUGACCACGCCUCCUUUUAGAAAAAAUUAUUGACUUGUCUAUAUCUCUCGUUAAAAAGCCCCCAAAAUGGAGGAAAAGACUGCAUAGGAGAGAAUCGAGGAUAUCCAAAGGUCUGCAAAAGAAAGGUAACGAAACCUUUUGUGAAUUGAAAGUCAUUUGACGAUGUAGUUGAACAUAUUGGUUGAUGGGAACUUACCUCCGGAUUCUGUACCGUCUUUUCAGUAUAGUCACUCUCUUAGCUAUAUGGUAGCCAAUGAUUUACUUACACUCGUUCAUGUCCCUGCACUGUUGACGAGGAAAGGCAGGAAGUACGGGAGGGGGGGGAGGGUUAUUUGACUGAGACCUACUCAUUUCAUGUUGUGUGGCCCGGAAUAACUGGCCAUACCCUUGUUACCUUUAAUUCAAGAUUACCGUAAAGAGCUAACUGAUUGUUACGAUUUUUCUACAGGUGCCAUGUCCUUCAGGUGCAAUGGAAUUCCGACUUGCUCAGUGCCAAGCUAUAAAUAAACAAUAUACGGCGAUAUACUACAGGGGAGGAGCCGGUAAGUACAUGGAAAUCAGAGUGGUACAGUGUAAUAUUAAUAUUGAAAUGUGAAAACUCUUGCACACGAAGACAAUAAUACCACAAGCCUCAGGAACAAGUGAUAUGACACCCAUCAAAUUCAGUUCAGUUUUUCUUAAGGAAAAGGGCUGUUUGGGGAAGGUUUUGGAAUUGACGAACCUCAGAGGAGUAUCUUUAAUACAUUCUCUUCUUCUUUUAGAGGCAUGCAAAUUAUUUUGCCGCCAGGGAUGGUCAUAUUCACCACGAGGCCUUGUAAAAGAUGGAACAAGAUGCGAAAAUGGUGCAUCAAAAAGCCGGGAUAUGUGCAUUGAAGGAAAAUGCAAUGUAGGAUCAUUUCUACAAUACCAGCUAGAUACCACUUGCUGUCCUCUUCCCUCCUUCGAGUCUUAAAAAUUUGUAUCUUUCCCAAUUUGAACGCAUAGAAGCAUUCAGGUUUAUCAGGAACCUUUCGUAAGAUUUGCUCAACCCAUUAUUCCCAAAGAGAAAAAGUUAGACCGUCUAAAAAGAAAAAAAAACCUUUAAAAGGAGUACAGGACUGAGUCAUUUACCAGUCCAAUCAGAUGCUUUGUAUGAUUCUUCUCACCUUGCCCUAGAUAAACCUUGCUAAGAAAGCUCUACUAUCCUAGGCUUCUUCAUGAAAAUAAGUAGUUACUUAAAACAUUAUUUUAAUCCCUUUCGAAACGGAAGGGGUUACAGCCACACACACUUAUUUCAGGUUUUAUCGUUGUCUCUCAGAGAUAAGUCGUCGGUGGGAGUAAAACGUUUAGUCUUCACAGAUAGCUUCGUUCUGACGCGGAACAGCUUCCUCUUGUAUCUGAUCAUAGGGAUGGGCUAUGGUGACAGAUAGUACUUGGAGCUUUUGAGCAGACCUGGGACACGUACAAACAUUUGAUUGGCUAUUAAACUCCCACUCGUACACUGAUAAGAAAUGGAAUAUGCUUCGUAAGAAAAGCUACAAUAUGCCUUAAAUACUCAGCAUAAUAAUUUUCUCUUACAGCCCGUUGGUUGUGACGACGUGAUUGGAUCUCAAAGUGCAGUUGAUCGUUGUGGAGUUUGUAAUGGAGAUAGCACCUCAUGUAGAGCAGUAAAAAAACAAUUCACUACUUAUUGGGAAAAAAAGGGUAAAACGUUCGUUCCAAAAGUUUUUAAGUAAUUUUUAAUGAUCCCAUCAUCGUGACUAACAAAAAUAGUUAGAAUCUCUAUGACUUGGAAAAAUCUUAAUUUUCUCGAAGGUAUUUUCGCUAAGUAAAGAGCUGUAUUAAGGCACGCCAUAGCCAUCUGUUUCUUUAGGAAAAAAACCAGCUAAAUAAGAGCAUUGAACGUCUUUCAUCAUCUAGUUAUUUAUGACUACUUAAAGAACUCACCUCUCUUUUAAUUUUCAUAAAUACAGGACCUGAAAAUGCGGCAUUAGCUUGUUGGAUCCCAAGAAGGUCUAAAGAAAUUUGGGUUUUCGAGAUGGCUGCUGACAAAAACAACAUAGGUGAGAUAGUUACCCACCAAGUUGGGCAAGGUGGUCUUCUGGCCCGGUUUAACCGGUUUUAACCACUUUUUCCACAAAAACAUAGAGUUUUUAGCCUACUAUUUUUUCCUUUUUCUUUUUUUUUUGGUAAUUUUUGUAUAAUCUUUUGGCCUUUUCUUUCAAAUGACGAAUCUUUUAGGGGAAGGUAUCCUAAAUAAAUCUAGAGAGGUACUAAAGUAAUGAGAGAUACUGGUGUAAUCGAAACAAGUGAAAUUUUUUUCUUGUUCUCACUUUCCUGGAGCACGAUUAUUAUCAUAAUAUUAACUGUUUCAGUUUUUUUACCACCAUCAAUAUCUUCCUUAGUCACCAGUUUAACGAUGGACCGCCAGGAAAAUGCGGCUUUUACCUGAUAUUAAAAGAGGGUCAAGGAUAAUAAUGCAUACAUACAGAUAUACAUCCUUUAUUGACUUUCCCCGAAGGGGCUUUUCAAAAACAAUAACUACUACUACAAUUAAAAAUAAAUAACUAUUAUUAACUACAAUUAAUUAUUAUUAAAAGGUAUAACUAUUUUUCACUACUAAUUGAUGACAACAAUAUAACGCUGACUUAAAGGAGUAUCACUAAGAAUCUAUAAAAUCUUUAAGAAGUUCAUGUUUAGGACUAUACUUAAAAAUAGGCAUUGAAUUAAUAGUUUUAAGAGAACUAUGCAACGAGUUCCAUGUAAUAACUAUUCUGUAAUAAAAGGUUCUCUGUCCGUUAGCUGCCUUGAAAAGUGGAAUGUUCAGCUUUUGCGAAUUCCUGGUAGUACGCCUGCUUACUUCUAUUCGCUUUAUUAACUGAGAUAGCAGAUACUCUGGCACACGGCCUGUCAGGCACUUAAAGGCCAUGAUAGCUGUUCUUAAAUAUAGUUGGGUUGAUACGUGCCGGUCACAAUACGAGCGGCGAAAAUUCUGAAUGGCUUGUAAUUUAUUUUUGUAAGGUUUAGAUGUAUUGAUCCAUAGGUUUGAACAAUAAAAAGGCUUACUAAAAAUUAGAGCGUUAAUGAUAGGCAAGAGCGUACGUUAUUUAUUUAUUUAUUUAUUUAUUUAUGUAAUGCUUUCUAAGAGUUGAUCAAAUCUCUUUGCUCCCUUUUUCUCGUGAAAUAUUUCCAAAAUAUUUAUGUUAUUGUAAUUCUUUACUAUUCUCCUCCACCUCAAUUAUAUUUUUAACAUCAUUUUCUAUCAUUUUCUAGGUGUACAGAACAUGAAAAAAAAGUAUUUAUUAGAGCCCGUACCAAAACAAACGCAAACAAUCAAUGCAGCUGGAAGCACUAUUACCUAUGGAAAACGUAGUGGAAAGGAAUAUAUUCACAUUCCUGGCCCAACAAACACACCUCUGCGUUUUAUGGUAAAAAAAAUUAUACUUAAGUUUAUCAUAUGGCAAAGUAGUUCUGAGGUAAUUCCAAACGUCCUGAUUGUUUUUUUCCUGGUCGAGAUUUUGCCAUACGGACCGUCUCCACGGGAACGAUCAUAAGCCUCGUAUUUUUAUCCGCAGAAGUCGGCAAAUUCAAAAUAAAGAAGUUUGGUUCGAGUACCGCAUUAUAAACUUCUGACUAUUCUCGCUUGCUCGACUGGGGAAUAUUGGCCCUCGGUCCUUUUUGUGAGGAUCUCGCUAUGCUCAGUCCAUGCUGCCAUGACCUCGGGCCAAUAAUCCCCCGUGCGACUCUCAAACUCGGUUAGUACGAAGUUUUUCUAGAAGUUUCGCUUUUAUCAUCAUGAACUGAAUGACCUUUAAAAAUAUAUAUAUAUAUAUAUAUAUAUAUCUUUUUUUUUUUAAGUUUAUACUCAACGGUCAAAAAAACAAAGGAGUUGAAUGCAGAUACUUGAGUCCCUAUAAAUCAGAGGUUACCGGAGCCGAUGUCGAAUGGGUUGUCGACGAGAAAUAUGGCUGGUCAGCCUGCUCCGAGACCUGCGCCGGAGGUAAAUUAUUAUUAAAAUAAAUUAACGUAACGUGACGUUCUAAAUUAUUAGUACGGUGGCCUGUAAGUGCCAUUCUUGAUGAAAGAAAAGAGUGGAUUUUGGUCUUAAGGUUAAAAGGAAAGAUUAAGGUUAUAACCACGAAUCCAAAGUUAUGGUUACGGAUCCAAAGUUACUGCUAAGGAUCUCAUUCAUAAUUACGAAUCCAUAGUUAAUACUACUGAUUCAGAUGAAUAACCAUAGAUGUAGUUUUAACCACGGAUCUAAAACUAUAACAGCAUGUAAUACAAAAUUUUGAUAGAUAGUUCGGAUCAAUAUCAGUAUCUGGGCAACUGCCCACCUACCCUCCCCUAACUCAACAACAGUCAAUUGAUAACAUGUUAGGGCUAAUGCUGGGUUAGGGGAGGGAUAGAUGGGUAGUUGCCCAGAUAUUGAUAUUGAUCCAAUAGUUCUAACUUUGGAUCCCUAGAUAUAACAUAGGAUCCGCAGUUUUGACAUCACUAGAUGCGUAGUUAUAACUUUUGAACAAAUAUCCACUUUUUUGCUUUUAUAUAACAUGGCACUCAUAGAGCACCAUUCUUUUAUGUGAAGGACCUGUGUGAAAACAUGAAAUUACUUCACAUUAAAGAGUGGUUUCUAGCCAAUCGUGACGAUCUCUUUCUUUUACAGGAAAGAAAACGCGGAGAGUGAAGUGCAUGAGGAAGGAUGACAAAUCAGCUGUUGCGGACAGUGUCUGUGAGAAGGGAGGACUUGAGAAACCCGAAGAUGAGAUGCCGUGUAACACACAAGAGUGUCCAGUAGAGUGAGUAGGAUAUGAAAUAGUAAGCUUCAACCUUCUGUACUGGAAAGAUAAGCAUCAGUUUUCAUGUGGCACUAGCGAAAACAAGUCGAGACACGAACUAUGAUAACAGUUUAAUUUGAAGUUGAAUAAAAAUGUUUCUCGUAUUAGUCCAAAAUAUACUGACACGAUACUUCCUACAUUGCUGGCAGUAUUCAGAGGGCGUGUCACAUACAUACCAGAUAGUAGCGUGGCUCACUGGGUACCCUGUAACCCAGUGGUUGUGUAUCGGGUUAAUUUCUUCUUGGUAGAAUUUGAUUUUUUUCCCCACGCUCGUUACACGACAAUUUCUUAUGUCUUACCUCCGAGCUUUACGGUUGUUUCCUGCCGGAUCAAGGCAGAUCAAGUUUGACGUAAGGCCGCGCCCCCUUUAAGAAUCUAUUCUUUGUUAAAAACCUAUUUCAUCCACUAAUUUAAACAGAUGGCACGUGACUGGAUGGAGCUCCUGUUCCAAAACCUGUGGACAUGGUGUAGCGAAACGUAGCCUGUCUUGCAGAAAGAAGUACAAGAACCCUGGAAGAUACAAGAAACUGGAUUGGAGCAGCUGCAAGGCACCUAAGCCAACACCACUAAUUAAACCUUGUUUUAAGGAGGCGUGCGGACCGGAAUGGAUUCCAUCUAAGUGGGGAAAGGUAAAGAGGGAAACCUGCUUCUCAUGGCAAGCUGCCGGAUAGAUCUCCCGGCGCGAUCUUACUGCGUCACUCGUCACCCAAACCUAAAGAUCUUUUCAACUCACGGUUGUUAUUUUCAUAACCAAGAAUGGUCACCCAAGAUUAUUAGUGUAUGAGGCGACCUAGAGAAAGGAUAUUCAGUCACUUCUUUCAUGGUCAUUUCGUUCCAAGUUAUGGUCUCAUCGUUCCGAAACUUCGUCACAAUGUUUUACUGAAGUUAUUAUUCGACACACACGAUCCAAGAGAGUCGGAGACGGAAACUUUUCGAACUAUUAUGAUAAAAAAAGCUUACGGCGAACAAAUUACCUAAUACCAACGCAUACAGCAUCGGGCAAGCACAGCAUUAUUCAUUAUUCAUUAUUCAUUCCAUUAAGUCCUUCAGCCCCUCCCCUCCCCUCCCUCCACAGGGAUAAAUGAUGAGCGGUCCCGUAAGAAUUCCAUCUGAGGAUUGCCAAAAAAAUUUUUCUUUAUUACCUCGUUUACUUUUAGUGUUCAAAGACCUGCAUAGGUGGCAUUAUGAAACGCAAUUUAAGCUGCGGGAGGCCGCUCGGUGAUGGAAACUACCACCCAUUGUCAGAUGGCUUCUGCCGAUACUCCGUCAAACCGCCAGUAAAAGAGAAGUGCAACGAGGAUAUUUCCUGCUCUGGUAAGGGCGCAUGAGAACCGACUGCAUGUUUGUCCGAAAUUCAGCCAUAAUUGGUAAGAAAAAGUUUCUACCUAUCUUAUUUUCAUAUCACCGGACGUCACUGGUCAAAUUUAAUUUCGAUGAUCAAAAUUAAAUUUACAUUUUUGGUUGUGUUCGCCCUUUAUCAGCAACACUCACCAGACCACUAUAAAAGUUAACUCCGCCAUGUAACCUCGCAACCUAUGGAUGUAGGGUUUUUUUUUUCUUUUGUCCUUAGCAUACUAAUGAAAGCCUAUAAAUUCUCAUCCUAAGUUGUGGAAGUAACAUUUAAACUACCCUUUUGACAAAUCAAAUGUAGAACAUAUUCAGUCACUAUGUACUGUGUCUAUGUGAGUGAUUUAACUGAUAUACAAACUCCUUUGCUGAAUGUAGAAAUUGAAAUAUUGCACGAGGAUUCGCCGAAUGUGUGACUUUUUGUUAAUCCACACAUUCGGGAAGUGUGUUCAAGUUCCUUUAUCUUUGUUUAUUUACAUGAAAAAAUUAAACAACUCUCAACAAUUAUUAUUCAUAACAAAUAUGAUAUCACCUGUUGUCGUUUUGGCAAAAAUAGAAAAAAAAAUUUAAUGAUUAAGUUACCAUUUACAUUCACAAAAUACAUUAUUUAAGGGAGGGGAGGGGGGGGAAAUGAACACCAGCAGUUACAUCCCAAGAAGUAUAUUAAAGACACUGAAGAAAUGUGAUGAUAUUUUUAAUUGACAGCGAUACCAUUAACGUUUAAAGAGUUGAAAACCUAAGCGACGAUGUCAGAGAGGCAAUUGUUUAAAGCUGGAGAUGAACAAGAUGCAAUAUUUACUACAAUUAUCUGACAAGUAAAUAAGUUAAACAAUAACUACACUCAAUUUUUACAGUCUAAAUAUCAGUGUUUUAUCCUUCGCUUUCAUAUAGCAUAUAUAUAAAUCCUGAGUCGUAUCAUGUCAAUAAACCACGUUAAAAAAAAAUCUCUAGUCUAAAUGAGAUCGUUUGUGAUUAGCUUAAAUACCACCUAAAACCGUGAAUUAAAUGAAUCAACUAAAAAGAACCUAAUAUCGGAACAUCUAAUCGCCUUUUUGACCCAUACGACGUCCUCUAGAUCAUAUCCGUUUAGCGUAAACACUACGAAAUUCAUACGUAACGAAAUGCGUCAUAGAGUGUCGUAAAAAAAAAACAUCAUAUAAAAACCCUAUGGCAAAGUUGCUGUGGUCACCGUUUUUAAAAUAAUAAAGGCCACAUGUGCAUAAUUUCCAUGGUCGGCAGGAUCAAGAAGUCACUAAGACGAACACGUUGAUUGCCAGCUAAAAAUCCUUUUAAGAGGUGCCUGGAGAGAGCGGAAGCGACACCACGCCACCUUUCUCCCUGCGUGCCCCUCCCACUACUGCUGCUUCAAAAGAAAUGAAAGAGACCAAGCAUAAGACGUGAUCGCUUGAGAAAAUUAAUAUUAUAAAGUUUUAAUGUUAUUAAAUUAAGAGAACAUAACGAUAUUUUCUGAACGACUUGAAGUAUCGUGAUAUAGCACCCCUUAAGAUAUUAAAGAUUCUGAACAGAACUUUUUAGUCAUUCCCGUACUUAUCUUCAGCUCUCUUGAAAUUUAAAUUGAGUUACGACCAUUCAUCGUGGAUAUGGUUUGACCGGCGGAUAAGUUAUAUCCUACCUUGAUUGCGUUGCCUUUGGCUACCAGUUCAAUCAAUUUUCACUUUGAUUGGAAAAUAACAAAUAGAAAAAUCGUUUUUAACAAUGAACCCACAAACUACCAAUGGGGGGUUGGACUUCUUCUUCUUUUUUGGUCGUCUUCGUCAUGAUUGUUUGAUUUCCUCUGUUUUUCUCCUUUCGUGUUUUGUUUGCUUUUUGUUUUGUUUUUUUUUUGUAAGCCUAAGAAGCACAGUGCCCCACCGACUGGUGCGUUGGACCUCUGAUCGGGCUUUGGUCAGAAGAGCGGGAUUAUAUCUGUUUGGCUGAUGAUUAAAGCACUCUUUUCCCACAGUUUGUUCCUUAACCUACAGUUCGUCAGUUAACUCAGAUAAUGACCAUCAUGUCUGCCAAAGUUACCGAGUCGUCACUAACUGCUACCGAUAAUAUUCUCACUCCAGCGAUCAGACCGGUCAGACCACAGGGAGUUCAAUAUUAUAAUGCUUCUCUUCUUUUCCAUGCUGAGAAACUGAUUUAAGCUUCAGCUGCAGUAAGCCGCUAAACUCCUACCAUUUAGUCAUUAUUGUUAUCAUCGCUCCCUUCUUCUUCUGGUGAACCAACUCCCUUUCUCGCUCUCUCCUAGAUGCUCCAUCAUCCGUCACUGUUGAUGCUAUGUGACCCUAAAGUAACCGAUGACAGCGUACGCUCUUAACAAAAAGACACUAAUAAUAUGGCGACUAAUAUCCGUAAGUUAUUUAUGCAAUUCUUUUUCCUUACAGUUUUUCCAGUUCAAAAAUACAGAUCACUGGGUUGUUACAGAGAAAAUACACAUAAGCGCCUCCUGCCACUUCUGGAACACAAUUUCCGUACCGGUGGCAUCAAAUGGAACGCAAUAGAAACUGUAGUGGAAAAGUGCUACCGUGAGGUCGUUGAACGCACAAAUUACAAGGUGUUUGGAGUGAAAUUCUAUGGUGAAUGUUGGGUCGGUAAGAUGCCGAGCUCCCAUUUCAAGACCGUCCUUACACAGUGCUAUGAACAUGCUGUUGGGAAGGCUCAUACUUACUACAUUUAUGAAAUUUUGUAG